AUGGAAUACGACAAAAAAAUAUAUAAAAAACCUGAAAAACCAAAAAAUCAUUUAGCUGGACGUGUUAAUAAAUUUCAGGAAAAAGUAAAUCAAACACAAGCACCAUCACCACCACAAAUAACCUCUAUACAUACUCAACAGGAACCUGAUUAUCGUGUGCUGGAAGAAAUUAAACAUGUCCAUAAAUUGAUUAAAGAUAAUGGACAACAAGGUGAUUAUGCAAUACAAAUUAAAUUUGGUGAAUUAAUACCGAUUUAUGGAGCUGGUCAAAUCGAUAAGUUAUCAGAAAUCUUAGAAGUUGCACGUAAACAUGGUUAUAUUAAUUACACUGCUAAUGAUUUAUUACGACAAGAUCGGGAUGAAGAUAUUUUUAUUAAAUUGAUUAAAACACCAUUUUGA